ACAGUCCCAGCCGGUAGAUCCGCGUAUCGUCGCACAGCUGAACCUCCUCCGGAGAAGGUCUCUCUGUAGUUGCCGGUUAGCGUCAUGUCGGGCGUUGUGGAUACUAAAUUGUACGACAUCCUCGGAGUUUCGCCGUCUGCAAAUGAAAAUGAACUUAAAAAGGCCUACCGCAAAUUGGCCAAAGAGUACCACCCUGACAAGAACCCUGAAGCUGGAGACAAGUUUAAAGAGAUAAGUUUUGCAUAUGAGGUAUUGACAAACCCAGAAAAAAAGGAGCUUUAUGACCGCUAUGGAGAGCAAGGCUUACGGGAGGGAGGAGGAGGAGGACCUGGCAUGGAGGAUAUCUUCUCUCACAUUUUUGGUGGAGGACUGUUUGGGUUCAUGGGGGGACAAGGAAGAGGACGCAAUGGAGGCAGGAGGAGAGGAGAUGAUAUGGUACACCCGCUGAAGGUUUCUCUUGAAGACUUGUACAAUGGUAAAACCACAAAACUGCAGCUCAGUAAGAAUGUGCUGUGUAGUGCCUGUAAUGGUCAGGGUGGUAAGGCAGGAGCUGUGCAGAAGUGUGUAGCAUGCAGAGGACGGGGCAUGAGAAUCAUGAUUAGACAGCUGGCCCCAGGAAUGGUUCAGCAGAUGCAGUCAGUCUGCACAGAUUGCAAUGGGGAGGGUGAAGUGAUAAAUGAAAAGGACCGCUGCAGAAAGUGUGAGGGUCAUAAAGUCUGUAAGGAGACUAAGGUUCUUGAAGUUCACGUGGACAAAGGCAUGAGACAUGGACAGAAGAUCACAUUCACUGGAGAAGCUGACCAAGCACCAGGCAUGGAACCAGGAGAUAUAGUUCUGGUGCUGCAAGAGAAAGAACAUGAGGAUUUCCGCCGUGAUGGCAGCGAUCUUCACAUGGUUCAUCGUAUCGGCCUGGUUGAGGCUCUGUGCGGCUUCCAGUUCACAGUCACACACCUCGACGGACGUCAGUUGCUUGUUAAAUACCCACCUGGAAAGGUCAUUGAGCCAGGCUGCAUUCGAGUGGUGAAAGGAGAGGGGAUGCCUCAGUACAGAAAUCCAUUUGAGAAGGGAGAUCUUUACAUUAAGUUUGAGGUCCAGUUCCCUGAAAACAAUUGGAUUAACCCUGAAAAGCUGAAUGAACUCGAGUGCUUGCUGCCUGCCCGUGCGGAGACUCCCGUUAUUGCAGCAGAUGCCGAGGAAGUUGACCUAACAGAUUUUGACAGAAGUCAAGGUUCAGGAAGCGGAGCCAGGAGAGAGGCCUACAAUGAUAGUUCUGAUGAGGAAGGCGGUCAUCAUGGCCCAGGAGUGCAGUGCGCACACCAAUAGAAAGACUACAGACUUGCACACACAUAGAAGCAUAAAAACACAAAAGUCCCAUUGCUAACACCAUUCAAGAUUUGCGACUCAUACAUUUUCCUCCUCUCAAGACUCACAUGAAAAGAGAUUAUUAUAUAUAUAAUAUAUAUA